GGAGCCAAUGAAAUGGAAGGAAAGGAAGGAAAAUUAAUGGCGGACACGAAGCUUGAAGCUACGAGUGAGCUAUGGAAUCCCACCUCUUAAAAUCCUCCUCCUCGAAUUUACCCUUUACCGACAUCUUCACAGAACCCUAGAAUUUUUUAUUUACAUCACUUUUCUUUUCUUUUCAACCCCCACGGAUUACAUACUUUGUUGGUUCCUGUUUAUCCAUUAUUAAUCUUUUUUCGGAAGCUGUAAAUUUCCUGUAACUGAUGCUGGAAAAUUCGGCUUCGCCGGAGAACUCUGCCGCCGCCGCCGAGGAGGACGCUGCGGGGGGCUCCGUCGGACUUGCGGAGGAGGCUGACCGGAGCUGGGCCGGUAACCGGUGGCCGCGGGAGGAGACUAUGGCGUUGCUGAAGGUAAGGUCGAGUAUGGACACUGCGUUUAGAGAUGCAAGCCUUAAAGCUCCUCUAUGGGAAGAAGUUUCCAGGAAUUUGGCUGAGCUUGGGUAUAAUCGAAGUGCUAAAAAAUGCAAAGAGAAGUUUGAGAACAUUUACAAGUAUCACAAAAGGACUAAAGAUAGCCGAUCAGGAAAAGCGAAUGGGAAAAAUUAUAGGUAUUUUGAGCAAUUAGAGGCUCUAGAUAAUCAUCCAUUGCUGCCCUCUCAAGCUGACUCAAUGGAAGAAAUGCCAAGGAUUAUCCCAAACAAUAUUGUUCACAAUGCAAUUCCAUGUUCGGUUGUAAAUCCGGGUUCGAAUUUUGUUGAUACGACGACGACCUCGAUAUCGACUUCCGCGACGUCUUGCUCGAGCAAAGAGUCGGGUGGGACGAUGAAGAAGAAGAGGAAGUUUGUGGAGUUCUUUGAGAGAUUGAUGAAUGAGGUGAUUGAGAAGCAGGAGAAAUUGCAAAAGAAGUUUGUGGAGGCAUUGGAGAAAUGUGAACAAGAGAGGUUAGCUAGAGAAGAAGAAUGGAAGAUGCAAGAAUUAGCUCGAAUCAAGAAAGAGCGAGAGCGUUUAAAUCACGAAAGAUCAAUUGCUGCUGCAAAAGACGCAGCCGUUCUUUCAUUCUUGAAGAUGUUCUCUGAACAGGUGGGCGCAGUGCAGUUUCCGGAGAGCUCGAUUUUAAUGGAGCAUUUUAUGGACAAGCAAGAUGAUGGUAAUGUUGACAGAAACACCAGCAAUCAAGAAAACAGCAACAAUGGAAAUUCGAAUCAGAUUAGUUCGUCUCGAUGGCCGAAAGAAGAGAUCGAUGCUCUGAUUCAGCUCAGGACUAAUCUACAGAUGAAGUACCAAGAGAAUGGGCCUAAAGGUCCUCUCUGGGAGGAAAUAUCACUAGCCAUGAAGAAACUUGGGUAUGACAGAAAUGCAAAGAGGUGCAAGGAAAAAUGGGAGAACAUCAACAAAUACUUCAAAAGAGUUAAGGAAAGCAACAAAAAACGACCUGAGGACUCGAAGACCUGCCCGUACUUCCAGCAGCUCGACGCUUUGUACAAAGAGAAAUCCAAGAAAGUCGCAAACACCACCAACAACAACUCAGCCAAUCCCAAUUAUGAACUAAAACCCGAGGAGCUGUUGAUGCACAUGAUGGGCGGCCAAGAGGAAUGCCACCAGCAACCUGAGUCAGCAACGGACGAUGGCGAACCUGAGAACGCCGAUCAGAAUCAAGAAGACGAACGCGAAGAAGACGAAGAAGAAAACGAGGACGAAGACUACCAGAUUGUAGCCAACAACAACAGCAAUCAAAUGGCAGUAGCUAGCUGAGAACAGACAACCAGUGAAGUCUCAUAUCAUCUCACAAAAGGUCAGAUCCUUCAGCUCUUGAUUUUGAUACAACUUAAUGGGAAUUGGAAUUGGAAUCUGUCUAUAUACAUAUAUUAUGUAUAUCUUUCUUUAUUUCUUGAAUAGGUGAUGAUACUUGUAGGUUAGAGAGAGAGAAUAAUGAUGGGUGGGGGUAGGACUUUGAAUUGUUUAUUGUGUGCAAAAGUUGAAAAUGUUUGGUUUCUGUAUGUUGUUUGUUUGUUGUCUCUGUAUCAAUAAAAGAGAAAAAAAAAAGAACCAGAAAUUAUUUUGCUGGUAAAAAAAUUGCUGUAGUAGCCUCUUAUUCAUAAUGCAAAAGCUUCAUUCAUCUUA